GAUGGGGGAGGGUCUCUGUUCUAGUGACUUGCUUACACAGAAGUGUUUCAUAUGGUAUAUUGUUGUCUUCUUGGGGGAAAAAAGACGACGGUACCGAGCUUGUAAGUAUAAAAAUAACGGCUGUUGUUAAAUCGUGGGUAAAAUGAAGAAUUGUGUACCCUUUCAGACACAAUUAGCCUCCAUUAUGGAAGUGUUAGCAAAAGCAGCCGUUGCAGAAAUAAGCAAACUUGUUGAAGAUGGGUCCGUCGUGCUGCGUUUGGAAGUAUCCCGAAGCCAUAAAGAAAUUGACAGUCUGAGGAGGAAACUACAGCAAGUGGAGGGCGAGCUGAGGUCGACGCAAGAAGCGGCAGCGAGAGAGAUCCGCUCGAUUGGAGUUCAGGUUGAGGACCAGUUUGGACGAGCAGGAGUGUUUCCCACAGGAGCUGUCCUGGGGGGUGAUGGCGGAGGGAAGCAGUGUCUCUUUGGGCAGAAGCACUUUGAAGAGGAGUCUGAUGCACAGGCUCGGCCCCUUUCCGGAUUUACGGUGAAGGCCGAGCAAGAGGAAGAGCAUGUAGCCCGGAGACUCAAUCAGACAGGAUGUGAACCCAGUGCAGGAAGACUCAACAACCUGGGCUCCGAGUAUGUGAUGUAUGAGAGAGACAGUCAGCUGUGGACUUCCUUUACCCAAGAGGACAGCGACGUAGAGACGGAUGAUCCAGUUUGUUCUAAUGCCACAGAACAUUUCUCACAGAAUCUGUCAAUUCACACACAGCUACAACAUGCUCCUGCCACCAUGGAAGUCUCUGGAAACACACUGCCCUCCUUGGGGAAAGAUGUUCAUAUUGUUGAGGCCGUUCUUGUAAAAGAGGAAGCAGGUGUGCAGUGUUCAUACAGUGAAGAGAACAGCUCUGAGAUGGGUGGCACACAACAGACAGAGUACAGACAGCCUCCACUCUCAAUUAAUGAUAAUCUAACCUCACAGCUCUGGCAACCGCUGCAGCAGCCCCCUUUAGACUGGCAAAUAGGAGUUGCUGAGAGCAUCACAGAUCCAAACUCAAAUAGCAGCAAAAAGACCAGAAUGCACUGGAGAACUGGUGUAGGGGAGAAACCUUACAGCUGCACGCAGUGCGAGAAGAGUUUCUAUCGGUUUAUCGACCUAGAGAGACACCAGCGAAUCCACACAGGAGAGAAACCGUUCGGCUGUGCGCAGUGUGGAAAGCGUUUCAGUCUGAGGGGUAACCUCAUCACACAUGAGAGGGUUCACAGUGGAAAUAAACCAUUUGGUUGUGCUCAGUGUGGGAAGAGAUUUGCUCAGGGAUCUAACCUUAGAGCACACCACAGAGUUCAUACAGGAGAGAGACCAUAUCACUGCACCCAGUGUGGGAAGAGUUUCACUCAAUUAAGUGCUCUUAAAACUCACCAGAAAGUCCACAGUAGAAAUGAAUUACUACAGUUUGGGAUGAGCUGUAUGUGACUAUAAAAGUUCAGAGACUUUACAGUUCAUAGUCGGCAUUUUACUCAAAUAGAGACAUAGAGAAUUAUGGGAAAUGUAGUUGAGCCAGCGAAGCUCAGAACAAAGAUUUUCUGUGGGAAAACAUGCCGGUAUGUUCCCAGCUAACAAUAAAGCUCUAUACAUUAUA